AUGGGGGAGGUUGCAUGGGGGUCUUUGCUUAGAUACCGUUUGCCUCGGGCUCUUUUCUCCCCUUGGCCUAUUGUCCCUCUCGGUGCUUCUCUAUCAGGACCACCCUCCUCCACACCUAUUAUGGCAGUCGAGUGCAAUAACGGCGAAUGUCGUUCAAAGUUCUUCCGCUAUCUCGAUAAGGCCCCUCUCUCUCUUUAUGAUCUUUGUUUGCGAAUCUUGUUGGUGGGUUGGCCUGGAAACAAGCUUGAGACUUCCAAGCCAUCUUUGUGUAGGAGAAAUACCAACAACAUCUUAUCCCCAUUGGUCAAGCUGGUCAAGCUCAAUGCAGGAGCCAAUGCUCAGAGUACCACUAUUGGUGGCACUGCUAAAGCUUCAGUUUACGGGAAGCCCAUCUCUAUGCCUAAAACUAAUUGCCCUCUUCCCACAUUUGUCCCUCAAGUUGUUUUGGCAUUUUCAUUUGGCAGCCAUCCCUGGCCUUUACUCAACCUAACUUCCAGAUUAGCAUUGGCCGCCCCUGACGUGAGUUUCUCCUUCCUCCACACUGCCAAAUCCAACCAAAAGCUCUCUGCCACCUCAGAAGCUCACCUCCCACACAAACUUAAAUCUUACGAUGUUGCGGAUGGCGUGCCGGAGGGACAUGUCCUCACUCCCGGGAAUCCCCCCGAGGAAGUGGAGCUGUUCCUUGAGGCUGCACCUGAGAGCUUCCGAAAAGGCAUGGAUAUGGCAGUGACCGAGACUGGGCAGCAAAAGAUCACCUGCAUCUUGAACGAUGCUUUCUUGGUAUUUGGCUGCGAUAUGGCUGCGGACAUGGAUGUAAAGUGGGUCCCUUUAUACGUUCCCGCACCCUACGACCUCUCUGCCCACAUUUACAGUGCUCUCAUCCACGAGACUUAUGCUAAAGCUUGCGGUGGCCGUGAAGCUCAUGGUAAUGGCGGUGCAGGGGGAGAUCUAAAUCCUAUUGACAAAACCCUAGAUGCCAUUCCAGGACUCUCCGUAAUGCGCUUCGGUGACUUACCCCAAGAAAUACUUGAUCAAGGUAAUCACUCAAAUUCUUCACCAAUUUUAGCACGCGCACUGCACAGAAUUAGGGAGGUCCUGCCACGAGCAAAUGCUGUUGUCAUGAACUCUUUCCAAGAACUAAACUCAACCAUACUCACCGAUAAUCUCAAGUCCAAGUUCCAAGACAUUCUGUAUGUGGGUUUUCUCACAUUAAUAGUCCCAACUCCACCCCUACCUCCAUCGCAUUCAGACGCCACAGGCUGUCUACCAUGGUUGGACGAGCAAAAGCCAACAUCGGUAGCAUAUAUAAGCUUUGGAACAGUGGCGGCGGUGCCACCCCACGAGUUUGCAGCUUUAGCAGAGGCGCUGGAAGCGGCGGUGCCACCCCUUCUUUGGUCUCUUAGGGAAAACUUUAUAGCAUUUCUGCCGAACGGGUUCCUCGAGAGGACAAGGAAGCAAGGAAAAAUAGUUCCCUGGGCACCCCAGGCUCAUGUCUUGUCACAUAAAGUAGUAGGCGUGUUCGUUACACACUGUGGAUACCACUCUGUGUUUGAAAGCCUUUUCGGUGAGGUUCCGAUGAUCUGCCGGCCGAUCUUUGGCGACCAUAAGAUGAACGGACGGAUAGAGGACGUGUGGGGGAUAGGGGUUAGGGUUGAGGGAGGGGUGUUUAGAAAGAAGGGAAUGGUCAAGAGCUUGGAGCUCGUUCUUGGAAAUGAUCAACAUGGAAGGAGGAUGAGGGAGAAGAUCAGAGGUCUUAAAGAGCUUGUAGUGAAAGCUGCCGGACCUGAUGGGAUUGCUUCCAAAGAUUUCAAAACUUUGCUUGAGCUAAUUAUCAGUACCAAGAUCACCAUCUCCAGAUAA